AUGCCUUCCGCUACUUCUGAAAUUCCUCCGUAUAGCUAUGUCCCUGAGACGAAGGAACAUCUCGACUGGGCAGACUGCAAGUUCCAACCCCCGUCUAGAAACUCCAACAGCCUAGAACCGUUUGUGGCCAAUAUUGACUUAUCCAAGUACGGCACAAAAGAGGGAAAUGCAGAACUUGCCAACGUCCUUAUAAAUGCAAUCCGAAGCAAGGGAUUCUUUUACGUCACCAAUUUCGACAUUGCACAAUCCGCGAUCGAUAGGCAGUUUGCGCUGGGAAACGCCUUUUAUGACCUCCCGAUUGAGGAGAAGCUGAAAUACAUGCCCGAUCUUGAUGCGGGGGAGUAUAACGGCUAUCGUCCCGGUGGAAGGCGUGUUCUGUCCGGUGGUGUCAAGGAGAAGACAGAAGUUUGGAAUAUGGCUACUGAUAACGGGAAGAUCACUCAGCCAGUGCCUCAAUUACUCAAGAGUCAUAUCGAAGAGAUUACUUCAUUCGCAAAGAACAAGGACCUGCACGAAAAGGUUCUAGACCCCCUCUACCACCUCACCGCCCUAGCCCUCGAGAUUCCAGAGGACUCCCUCGUCAACCUACACAAAUGGGGUACCCAUAACGAAUCGCACCUCCGCUACAUGAAAUACGGCAAGUUCUCCCCCGAGGAGAUCGAGAAGCUAGAGGAUGGCCUGUGGUCUCGGGGUCAUACCGAUCUUGGAUCGUAUACUUUGUUGUUUCGACAGCCUGUCGCAGGAUUGCAGAUCAAAGAUAAUGAGACAGGGAGCUGGAAGUGGGCCAGACCGUUGGAUGGUAGUCUUACGGUUAAUGCCUGCGAUGCUCUGAGCUUUUUGACAGGGGGCUAUAUCAAAUCUACAGUCCAUCGCGUAUCGGUCCCUCCAAAAGACCAGCGUCACGUAGAUCGUCUAGGUCUUCUUUACUUUUCUCGCGCAGUGAAUGACCUCGCGCUUGGCACCAUUGACUCUCCCGUUCUCAAGCGUGAAGGGUACACCAAGAAUGAGUUUGAGGCCGGCGGCCAUGCGAUUCCUACCAUGGGGGAGUUUACCCGCUUGAAGCAGACGUGGCAGCAGUCGCAGAAGAGAGGAAUUACGUAUGAUGAGCUGGAGGGACAGCAAAUAUUGCCUGGAUUCCAUGGGAGGAGCUUUAAAUAG